AAGCCAGUAUUUUGUAAGUACAUGAACACAUUACAUAAGCUAGUGAAAUCACUUACGGGUGACAUUGUUCUACUGUGAUUCCCACAGUCGGUAUAAAAAAUACGAGAUACACACGUACAUUUGCAAUAUUGAUGAAAUCAUCGUUUUCCGUGAUGAAAUGAUGUCAAACACUUUUGCUUAUGGGCAUUCGUCGACGAAUGAAACAUGCCUGUGUUAGGUUGGUAGUAUGGACGAUACAAAUUCCCAGGGUCAUAAUAUAUCUGGUUCGUGUAUGACUUUUGGUAUCAAAUUUUAACAUAUAAAAACAACAAAAUGUGUCAUAUCAAUAAGACUUACAAAACCGAAGACAGAGUUUAUUGGAAAUAAGCAGUAAUUUAAAGAGUUAAAAAGAAGUUAUUUUAGUGAAUCAUGCAUGUUUCAUAUACGGGGCCACAUAUUCCGUUCAUUGUUCACUGUUUGAUGACAGUAAAAUUACGAUAAAUAUUUCUAAUAUUUUCAUAACUUUUUACAAAAGAUGAGUGUACAUCGUUUUACUUUUUCAUCGUUCUGUUGUUAUAAUAUAAUGCGGUUUAAAAUGGAGUAGAUUCAGUGGGAUAUGAAAUAGAGGACAUGAGGUUUUAGUGAGGCAAAAACUAUUUUUCUUAUCGUAAUUAUAUUAAUAACUCUCUGCAACAAUGCUGCAGUUUCGUACAUGCAUCCAUUAAAAUGUAGUAACCUAGCAAUUUAACGUAACUUGGUUAUUAUUUAUAUUUUGAACAAUAUCAGUGGAAAUAUCUCAGAACUCUACAGAAUCAAACUCUACAGAAUUAAUCAAAAUUUUAAAAUGCAAUAAUACAGAGAAUAAUAUUUAGAAACACAAGAAACCAAAAAAUCUGCAUUGGAUACGUAAAUAUACUCUUGAUAAAUAGGUAUUGACAUGGUGAAGCUAUCAACUGCUUAUCAAUGGAUUUCAAUACUUUUCAUAGUUUGCAAUUUAAAGACAUCAGUAUGUCUUUGGAACAGUUGGGAAAACCCGAUUAGAUUGGAACCACCAGACACCCACUCACCAAAAACAGCCUCAGAUGAUUGCCCGAGCAAUCUAAAUGUUCCAACAAUCAGUUGCAGUACAGGCAAUGUAUCGGAUUUUUAUGUUUAUGCAAACGAUACAAUGGAGAAUAUUUCGGUGCAAUAUUUGCUUCAGACUGCAAAUUCCCUUCCAGAUGAAGAAUUUACAGUGGAGUUUGAAGAAUGUGAGUACAAAAUUGAAGCCUGCACAGUUAAAGGGAACAGAAUUGUCACAAAGGUAAACAAAGAAUCAGAACAGAAAAUGCGAGGAAAUUCGACCAUUACUCCCAGCUUGUGUGCAGAAUUCACGUUUUCCCGAGACGAACAGAAUUACACAUUUUCUAAAAGAAAUUGUACUUUUGGUGGGUUACCGUUAUGGACUACGCUGAGGAGUUAUUUGGAAUUACUGUCUGACAACACGGCGUUACGGGGUCUAUUUGUAUCAUGCGGAAAAAAUGAUGUGAAAUGCAGAAUACAAGGGAAGUUUGCAACUUGCAAGGACGUAGAUUAUUCAACGGAUUCUCUAUUUGUUUGUCAUAAUACGGUAACUGAGAAAAAUGUACCUGAUACCAGCAUGCCUCUCCUCUCCACGACGAGAAUGAGCUCGGAGAGUGUUUUUGUCACAACUCCCCGUGAUACUUCUGCAAAUAGACAGAUUGGUGUCACCACUUCGACCUCCUUCAAAACUGAAAGCACAAAAAGGGACGUCACGACAAAUCUGGACAUCACAACGACGAUCCCGCUUGCUACAGAUGCGUCAACGGCUUCUACCGACAAGGAAAACACUCGGAUUCCUAUAAUUACCAAUAGCGGAAAUGGAGACAUCGAGCGAAUUUUGGUAAUGUCUCAUCGAAAUGACAGCGACCUUACCUCAAAAACAUUAAUUAUAGAGGAAUCGAUGAAAUCUUUGGUUAUAUCAGCUUUAUCGGUUAAAACUUUUGCGCGGAGUGGCGUUGAAAUUGUGGUUUUACCAAAUCUCUCCACAACGAAAGGUAGUAAUAAAAGUGUUGCAAAACUCAGCAAAAGCGAAGUGCAUACAAUUGGACAAGCUCAACAAGUUAAAAUAGCAGACGUUUCAGUUGCUCAGCUGAAUUCCCCACUAUCGGCAUACAACACUUUACUACCUGUGCCACCGGCAAGUACCGGCCCGAAGAAGACGACAUCGUUUCUUUCAGACGGGAGCCCGCUCUUGUCGAUUACGGCGUACGAACCAACCAAUCACAAUAAACUUAAUAUUGACGUCAUAUUUUCUAUCAAUGUGUCAGAAGACAGUUUAACGCAGCCGGAGUUUCAUGAUCCCAGAAAAAUUUUAGAGCAAGUCCAUUAUGAAUGCGUUUUCUACAAUAUCACAACUCAGAAAAUGUCGAAGCAAGGAUGUCAGCUUGUGCAGUACAACAUAGGAUCGAAAAUCACUUGUGAGUGCAAUCACACAACAAUGUUCGCAGCUCUAAUGUCGCUAACUAUAGUUGAAAUCCCUCAUGGUGUGAAGGUUUGUUCGUACAUAACCCAAACGAUUUCGGUGCUUGCACUGUUGGUUGUUUGCAUUAUAAUACAUAGGGUUCGUAAGCAUCUUCGAGGAGACAGAGCAACUGUACAAAUUUGUUUAUCAGCAUCACUUCUUUGUUUACAUCUUUUGAGUCUAUUUCAUGAUAUUGCAAUUCAAAACGACAUAGCCUGUGAAUUCGUGGCUGUAUUAACACAUUAUUUUUUGCUCUCUUCCGGAAUGUGGAUGUUGAUGGAAGGUAUAACGAUCUCAUUUAAGACUACAAAUUACGUUCUGCGCUAUAGUGAAUUUGGACGGCAUAUCAAGAUUGGUAGACAUCUUCACAGUUGGGGGCUUCCGGCCGUUAUUGUUCUAAUUUCAGCCGGAGUUGGAUUUAUGAACGAAAAAUAUAUGGAUCCGAAUCCAACAUACAAUGAAUAUAAAACCAGAAAUAAGCUCUCAACAAACAUUGUUCGAAAAUAUAACUCUUGUUGGCUCCAAACCACUGCGUUAAUGGGUUCUGUUAUAAUACCAAUAUCAGCAAUUUUAUUAAUUAAUAUUUUUAUAGUAAUAAGAAUGACAUGCAUUAUUUGUCGAAUGACUUCAGCUACUGAUAAUCUUCGUCCUUCUGGGGAAAGUCAGGGAAGAGAGAGAACGCCUGAUUCCAAAGUUGAAGAAUCUAGCGUCCGUUCAUCUCUCAAAUUUUAUGCUUUAUUUCUGCCAGUCUUAGGCGUACCAUGGGUUACUGGAUAUCUGGUAGGUGUGGAAAAUAGAACGGCUUCUACAAUGUUUAUGUAUGUAAAUGUGUUACUCAAUGGACUUCAGGGAGUUUUUCUUUUCAUAAUAUACUGCUUUGUGACGUCGGAAACAAGAGAUGCCAUUGUUCGUUAUUGGAACAGAAGAAUGAAUUCCCUACAGGUAUUGCGAUUUCCCCAGUCAUACAGUCCAUCUUGUAACAGAAAAUUUUCUAGAUCACUAUCAACAGGCGAAACCUGGAUUAGAACGAAGAGCUUGGGACAAAAAACGCCAAGUCCUACAAAGGAAAGUUCAACAGUAGAACCCAGUUCAUCAUAUUCUAAACAAGAAUCAAAUGUUUAAAAUCUUACCUUGAAUUAAUUAAUACUAAAAUAUAUUCCUCAUUCCCAUUUUUUUAACAGCUGUAAUUUACGACUUAGAAAACCUACAAUUUGUUGUUUUAUGUUUACAAAAUUUUGUGUUAUGGUGACUUUAAGGUGAAAUACAAUGUUAAUUAAUGAUACCAAAAAGGCGUUUUUAAUUCUUUGAUAGGUAAU